GCGGCGAACCAACUGGAUCUGGCAGGGAGCAGCUCUGUCGCGCACACACCCUCCGGUCGGCCCCGCCCCCAUAUCCGGGCCCUCGCCUGCCGCUGGCUGUCACUCGGGGAGCUCCCUAUUCCGCACUUCCGGGCCUGGCUACGACUAGGCCCCGCCCAUAGGGCUCGAGUCCCGCCCCUGAUCCUUGCACAUCCGGGCAACCAGCGCCUCCGAGUUUGCCUGCGCCACUGGAGCCGGGCGGGUGUCUGUAUCUCCGUCUGCAAACAGUCCACUUGGCUGCUUCAGGCCCCUCCAGCAUCUUCCUGGCCGCGCCUUAUUCAGAUCCCCGCCUUCGUAGCCUUUGUCCUGCCCUCUUCUUAGGCCACGCCCUGCCGCGUUGGGGGCCGCCCACCUUACCAGGAGGAGGAACCCCCUUUGCCCAACCCGGACAUGCCGGCCUCUGCAGAGCCCAGCUUCAGUGACACGGACAAGGUGGUGUUCUCUCCUGUUAUGGCUGCUGCAGCCACCCUCUCUUCCACGGCGGAGGAACCAGGCCCUGCCCGGGCAGCCACACCCACAGCCCCAGAUAGUGGCCAGCCCAGCCCUGGACCCAGCAUUCGCCCAACCAGCACUGUCUCCGGGACCAGCGAGGACCUGAGACCUCCCAGACGACGCCUACCACCAGGGAAACAGAUACCCUGCUCCAGCCCUGGCUGCUGCCUCAGUUUCCCCAGCGUUCGCGACCUGGCGCAGCAUCUGCGUACCCACUGCCCACCCACCCAGUCCCUGGAAGGCAAGCUCUUCCGAUGCUCCACCCUGAGCUGCACGGAGACCUUCCCCAGCAUGCAGGAGCUGGUGGCACACGGCAAGCUGCACUACAAACCCAAUCGCUACUUCAAGUGUGAGAACUGCCUCCUGCGCUUCCGCACGCACCGCUCGCUCUUCAAGCAUCUGCAUGUUUGCGCCGAGCAUGCGCAGAGCCCAGCCCCGCCGCCACCCCCCGCCCUCUACAAGGAGCCUCCUGCGCCCGAGCGACCCCCGGAGUCUGACCCUGCGUCGGCGUCCGGCCUGCAGUUCCCGCUGCUCGAGCCCUUCACGACCCCAGCCCCCGCCCCCAGCGGGCCUUUCCUGCCCUACUUGAACCCCGCGCCCUUUGGCCUCAGCCCCCCACGCCUGCGCCCCUUCCUGGCCGCCGCGCCCGGGCCACCCGCCUCCAGCGCCGCCGUCUGGAAGAAGAGCCACGGUGCCGGCGGCAGCCCGCGAAGACCCCAGGGCGGCUCCGACGCGCCCUCAGGGCACGCGGCCCCGAGCCGCAUCGUGUGGGAGCACACGCGCGGCCGCUACUCGUGCAUGCAGUGCGCCUUCUCCACGGCUUCGCGGCCCGCCAUGACACUCCACCUAGAGGACCACCGCCCCGGCGCCCCCGCGGCCCCGGCGCUGGCGCAGCCGCGCCGCGACGCGCCGGCGGACCCGGCCCCGCUUGCACCUACGGUGUCAUCGCUGCUGUCAGACGGGGACUGUCCGGUUUUCUCGCCGCUCUGAACCCCGGCGCGCUGGGGGAGGGGGUGUGUGUGGGGGUGUGAGUAGCUUUGUAAUUUUAGGGGGUCCUGAGAUUGA